AAAAAAAAAAAAAAAAAAAAGCACUCUGUAGAGCUGGGCUGCAGCAGCCCAUAUGAGAUGAAGGAGAGCUGGUCACACGUAUCCCCAUGUCCCCACAUCUCCCAGGAAGCCAGGGCUGGGACACACUUGGGGCUCACCCAGGGCGUAUCUGAGGGUUUCAGUGGCGUAACAAGGAUUGCCAAAGCCCAACCUCUGGGAGCGAUCACCUUUCACACAGUACUUCAAGGGGGAGCAUGGAAAGCAAACAGAAACCCACAGUUUUCUUCAUCUGAUCCUGCCUAUCCCUCCUCAGAGCUGCAGCCAGGCGUUGUUUGUGUGAUGAGACCUGCACUGCCACCAGACAUGCCAUGAUGCUGAAGAGAAGCAGCUCCACCUAGGCAAGCACUGCUGUUAAUGCAGAGCCCAUAUGUGCUGCUACACUGCCAGCUCACCCACCAACCACCCACCAUCAAUAACUGACCGUCAGUCAUUGACCAUCGAUCGCUGACUACCAAAUAUUGACCAUCAACAGCUGACUAUCGACCACUAACCAUUGACCAUCAACCACGGAUCAUUAAACAUUGACCAUCAAUCACUGACUAUCAGCCAUUGACUGUUGCCUGCUGACAAUUGAUCAUCAACCACUGACCAUUGAUCACUGACCGCUGACUGUCAGCUAUUGAUGUUGAAUAUUGACCAUGGACCAAUGACUGCUGAUCACGGACCAUCAACCAUGGGACCAUGGACCAUCGCCCCAUCCAGCUGGGCACCAGCCUCGGCAUCACCCGGUUCAAAUUGCAGCUGGGUUUCAAGCUGCAUUGAGGUCCUAAAUCCUGGAGCCAGUUGGAGUCUGGUUUCCAAGUUUUCCUUUCACUGAAGCAAAACAGCACCUUCAAAAUCUCCAAUGUUCAUUUUCUUUCCCAAAGAGGUUAGCAGCCUUAGCAGUUGCCACUUGCAAAGUCAUACUGAGAGCAAUGGGAGGGAAACAAAACUGAACCUCAAUAAGACAGUCCCAGGUGAGAAAGGACCCUCUGUGAGCUCUGAAAUUGAUCAAUUACAGUGGUGCAAGGCAAAGUGGGGCUUUGUGGAGCCCUGGACAUGUCUGGAUUAGCCCCAUAGAAAUCUGUUUUAGCAGCUGGUGGUGAAUGUGGGUUUCCCUGCAGGAGACAGCAGAGAGACGUUCACCUGUGCUCAUUUUGAAAGCUGCUCAUUAGUCCUCAUCAAAGAUAAUUACGCAUCAAAUCAGAAUCAGAUGUCCAGCAGAAUUUUGAACAAACAUGAUAAAGUGGGUCCCCAUUUGUUUACCCAGGGGGAGGAGGGGAUCCUGGCUGCUGAGAUGCUGGCACCUGGAGGAGUUUCUGCCCACCCUGCUUCCCCCUUCCGUGAAAGUACUUGUUUUUUUCAGGAGAAAAUGCAUCCAAAAUGGAAUCGAGAGCAUGGCAAUAACUUUUGGGGCUGGUGAGGAAAUGGGCAGGAAAUGAGGGGAAAUGGGCAACGAGCUGCAUGAGGAGGGCAGCUCCACCUUGGCAGGUUGCUGCCGCUGUGCGCUACCUUCCCAGAUAUUACUCUAAUGCUUUCUUUCAGCUUGCAGAUAAAUGGGCCUCUUCAGAAGGCAUUAAGCCCGCUCUGUUCCAACAUUUUCUUUAAGAGAGCAGAGGAGAAGUUUGGAUUACGCUGAGCUUCUGAAUUCAGCUUUUAUGGGUGAGCUGUGAGGGGUUUCCUUCCAAGACAAAAUAGGGCCAGUGUGCUUUUUUCUCCUUUCCUUCUGAAUGAUGACGGAAGCCGCGCUGCCCCUUCACCUCCUGCAUUUUCCUCCCCUCUCCUGAUUCCCUAUAGGCUACAUGGCACCACCAAUGUAAUGCUUAAGGAGAGGAUCAAUGCUGCAACUGUGCAGUGCCAGAAAGCCCCGCACCACAGGCAGGUCCAACCCUUGUUGAGACAAUGAUCCGUGUUCCGAUUUUGAAAUUCCUGGGUGGGAUCCUUCUCUGGCUUCAGAGCAGCAGCUGUGAGCACUGAAUCACAGCAGAAAUAGGGAGAAGCAUCUAGUGGGAGCAGCACUGGGUGGGAGCAGCAAAGUGAGACCCAGAGACUGCUGGGCUGAGGAAAUGGCAAUGUAAUAAUGGUGCAGGGGAGGUGGAACUGGAGGAAGGACAAGAAUGAGCCGAAUCUGGGAAGAAUUACGUGCAAGGAGCAACUGCGCUGAGAAGACCUCAGAAGGCUGGUUGAAGCCACCUCCUCCCAGCCUAAAUUACCCAGUGAUUCAGCCACUGGGGAUGGUGCAAGCCCAGCAAGCUCCACGUGGGCAAGCAGGGUUAGUCACUGCUCACCUCUUCCCAGACAAGGGACGGGUGACAGCGGGUGACACGGCGUCAGCGGGGACAGCCUGAGGGAGGUGGCUCAUGGCGGCUCUCAACCACAGGGACGCAUUGGCUGCAGAGCCCCAGGGCUGCAUGGGGGCAAUUAGUGGAAGAUAAAUUAAAAGACACUAUCUGUGGCUCUUGGGAGUCCCUGAUUGGCAAUCUGCUGGAGGGGAGCAGUGCUGGAGGCUUGUACUGGCCUUGUGCUCUGCCCUAAGCAUCCACAGUGGGGCUUGUCCAGCCUGGGUGGGCAGGAGGAGAUGGUGUUCUGUGGGCUCUGAGACACUUGGGGUCCUUGGGAUGCAUCCAUGAGGUCCUUAGGGAUGUGUCCGUGGAGACUCGGGGUUUGCAUAAGUGGGAUCCUUGGGAUAUGUCCAUGGGGAAUGCAGCAGAUGGGGUCCCCAACCUGAGAUGUGCAGAUACAUCCUGGAGAGGUGCACAGGGAUGUCCAGUCCUAUCGCUGGGACAAGCUCAACAUGCAGGACUUGUAGCACUGCCCCUUGUCCCCAGCUGGGCUCAUAAUUCUGGAGAGGGGACGUCCCGGCUGAGGGAUGGAGUUCAAAAAACAAACAGCCGUAGGGAUCCGCAGCCCCGCGGUGGGGACCGAGCCCCCUCGUGUCCCCAGACCCCAUCAGAUUAUCCCGUGGGUGCCAUCCCGAGAUCGUGCAGCCGCAGCUCCGCGCAGUCGGGAUCGGUGCUACGCCGGGCGGGCGCUAGGGGGGGAUGGCAGCACGCAGAGCGACCGCAGGCUGCGAGCAGCAGGAGGAUGAGGAAGAGAAGGAAGGCUGAAUAGGCUCCAGGCACAAGCCGGGGGUGAGGGCAGGAAUGGGAACUAUCUUCUGCAUAUUAAGCACAUCCCAGCUCCUCACCCAGGAGCAAAAAGAGGAGCAUAUUUUACCCUACAAUAUAGCCAAAACUGCAGAUCCCAAACCGAGGUUCACCUGGGGUGGCAGAACCCCACUAUUGCCCAUUGUGCAGUGAAGGCAGCGGGUCGGACACUGGAUCCCACCCACACUGGCACUAAGACUGUCAUCAACCAGGAGCAUUGCACAGCCAAUGAGUUCCACAUUGAUCACCAACAUUAAUUAUAUUUUGCAAUUUCAGACAAAAAACAUUGCCCACUGGGAUUCCCAUCCCAGCAUCUUUCCAUGCCACAGCAUAUUCCCCCCGUGUGGCUGCAGAGCCCAGCAGGACGAGCCAUUGCUGCAGCAGUUCAACUGGCUGGAGACUCCUGGUCUCACCACCACCAAGAACAUCAUUUUGGGAACCACCAGCACUUCAGCUCCACCCUGUGCACACACCCCUGUACAUGUUCACUGCACGACUACAUGAGAGCCCCAGCUUAGGCACAGAGGAUGAACCCUACAGCACUCUAUAUGAAGGAGUUUAGUUUCCAGCUCUGAGUGUCACUCUAUAUGAAGGAGUUUAGUUUCCAGCUCUGAGUGUAAAUCUCUCUCUAAUCAUUUGAUCCCAACCUGCUUCCCCAAUCGUCAUCAUACAUUGCCUCCAUUGUACCCCCAGUGCGUGGCUGCCCUGGGCUGGUUCCUGCAGGAUGCACAAGGAACCGCACUCAGCCAUCCUGCCACCAAAUUCCCAGAUGUCCCUUUCCCAUCCCAGUGCACUGACUGCACAAUCCUGGCAGCAUCUGUGGAGGAUUAGAGCCUCCCUAAUUUCCAGUCUCCAUUUAUUCCUGUGCAGUUCCAAUCCCAUUUGUUCUGGUGCCAACAUUGUCUCCCGGCGCACACAGCUCGUCUCCCUUCCUGGUGCUGCCCCUUGAUGUAUUAAUAGCGGGCAGCUCCCUGCCCAGCCUUUGUUCCCCACGCACAUGGCAGAGGGGGAUGUGGCUUUUCAGAAGAAGCUCAGGGACAAAAAAACCCAUUCAACAAAUCCUCAUGCUCAGUGGCAUUGCCAUGAUGAAAUAUCCAAAAAACGGCACGGGGAGCUGCUUCCUAUCAGACCCAAGCAGAAAAUGAGCUUUUUGCCUCUCCUGCAAACUGUUCCCACUCUUCCCAGAAGGAUGAUAUUUUUGAAGCUUGCAGGAAACAAGGUUUUGGCAAUGCCUGAGAAGUGAUGGGAGGGGCGGGUGGGGGCUCCCUGGAUGCUUGGCGUGACUGGAGUGGUCUGAAACUGGGAGCUGUGGGCUGGGGUUAAGCUCUGGCGAGCUGGGAAGGGCAGGGGCAAGGGGUGACAACAAGAACCCCAAACUAAGGUGAGCAUCAAGAAGCAGCUCUGGAACUCCCUUCUGCACCCAAAGCUGGGAUGCCGAUGUCAGCAGCUCGCUUGGUGCACAUAUAGCCAUAUUCAGGUGGUUGCUUCAUUUUGCUUUUCUCCCCUUUUUUUAAAGCACAAAAUCACUCCAAAUCUCAUUGUCCAUCUCCCCAGAUUCACACUCACAGUAGAAGUGGUAGCUCAGAGCCUCCAGCGGUGUCAGUACCUUCACAUGGGGACACAGGGCAGUGCCAGGGAGCCCCUGGCAGGAGUCUCAACCACAGCGAUCCCAACCUGGAUUUAAACACAUGGCCUUCAUCACACUUCUUCAUAAGCUAACUUAAGGCAUCCCCACUCUGCCCCAGCAAGUGAUGGCCUUUCCAUGAUUUUGGGUUUGCUUUGUUCCCACUGCAAACACAUGCAGGCUGAAACCCCCAGCACCCAGGGGCAUUUCCAAGUGUAGCAGGGAACCAUAGAAUCAAGGUCAGAAAAGAUCUGUAAGAUCUCUGGGUCUAGCCAUACAUCCAUUGCCACCAUGCCCAUUGACCAUGUGCCCCCAUGCCACCUCCUGCAGCCUUUGCUGCUGCCAAACCCAGUGUGGGGGCUCCUGCUGCUCACCAUGCCCAGGUGUUCCCAGGCUGCCUGCUCCUCCCAGUCCAAUUACAACACCCAGCCUCUGCUCCAGGUGCUCGUUAGCCAGAUGCUAACGAAGGAGGCUGUCCAAUGCCCUGAAGAAGUGCUAUUACCAUCGAGUGCAGAGGGAAAUCAAAGCACGUGACUUGCCAAGGUGUCCAGCUCCUGCGGGCUGGGGAUGGGUAGCAGUGUCACAGCUCUCCCAUUGGCCGCAGGGAUGGGUCACAGACCCCAAUGCCAGCACCACAUAGGGCUUAGAGCAAAGGGCUGCCUCACCAGCUGAGGUCCUCAUUGCAUGCCUCACCAGCACCAGCUUGUUGGUGUCACCCCCAGCAGCAUCACCCCACUUUUACCAGUGACCACGCACCAGUGUGGGCAGCGCUUCCCUGCUGCAAACUCAGCCACGAUGCCUGUCCCCAAGCUGCCAGCAAGCCGCUGAUUUGUGCAACAAGCCACUGCAUUCUCACUCCGCAAACACCUUCCCUUAAUUACUUUCAUUCAAUAACAGGUCCUCCCGGAGCUGCUGCUCCCUGCGGAUGGGGACUGCCCUCGCAACAGCUGAUAAACCCCCACAAUACGGCCCUGGCGUCGUGGCUCCCCAGCAGCCACGUGUCCUCGCAUGCACGGUGACUGCAUGCUAAAAACAUUCCGCACUUUUUCACCGAUUAAAAUUUUCCGGGAGAGAAUCAGAACCACAGCCCACACCCUAUCGGCUGGGCCAGAGGUUUCCCCUCACUCCCCGCAGCCCUGCCAGGAAAAUAAAGAAUACAGAAAAGCAUUUCUGCUGGCUUGAGUCAUUUUGAAAGCCUGGCUGCAGCAUCAUUUUUUUAACAAUAACUCAUUCUGUGCUGCACCCAGAACUUUGGACUUGCAGGGAUGAGAUGCAUGGAUGCUCGCAGCUGCAUGCCAGGCCCAUGAUUUGGUUGCACCAAAUCAGUAUCUUCUGUGACCAGUUUUGCUCCAGUGGUGGCAGGAGAAGUGAGGCUGCAGACAGUGUUUACCCAGCAAAGGGAUCACACUGGCGAGACAGGAGCCUCUGCCAAAGCCACAGCCAAACUGAUAAGAAGGAGAUGCAAUCAGGUGUUUCUUCUCAUUAACAUUAAUUGCUGUUUGCGUGCUCUCAGGACUCUGUCCUAGACUGGACCCUGUGCAAAUGGAGCAAGCAGAGAUACCUGUGAAAAAGUGCAUUUAACCUGGAGAUAUCAAUGCUUUUCUUCUCCUUUCCUUUUCACCCUGCUGAGAACAAUGGAGGCAAGGUUUGCAGAGGGAGGUAAUAUCUUUUUUUAGCCCAACUGAAAUAAUUAGGAGAAAAACAGGCAGGCUGCAGGGUACAUGAGCCCUUCAGCAGGCCUGAAAUAGAAGCAGAAGUCUGCAGAGCUGAAUACCAACAGAGAACAAUAGCUGGAGCGUGACUAGUAGUGUUAACCAGUUCUGCCACCAAGGACCACUUUCCAGCUGUUUCCCUUGGGCACUGCCAAAACCCAUCGUCCUGAGGACAUUGUGCUGCCAGGAGCCAGCACUGCUCCAAGGAACGGUGCCAGUCCACAGAGCCCCAGGAUGUGCACCAGGGCUUUGAAAAGCUCAGGGCGCAGACGGUACCUGACUGGGCAUCACUCUGCACUCUGCACCCCAUCCUGCUGCUCCCGGGGCAUUGCUGCUCUAACCUGCACCCUGCCUGACCCUCAUGAGUGACCACUUCCAGGGGUCCCAUCCCUGCACGGGAGUGUGGCCUGAACGCUGGGGACUCAGCCUGACCUAUUCGACAUCACAGUUCUUUGCCCCAGACCAGGGGCUCCAGGUUCACAUCCCACCACUGGGUACUCUGUCUCACCCCUAUGGUCCACGUCCCACCUCCACGGCACAUUUCCCACCUUGCAGACCUUGUCCCACCUCCACGGUCCAUAUCCCACUCUCCAGAUCCUGUCCUACCCCUAUGGUGUAUGUCCCAUUCUCUAGACCCUGUCCCAUCUCUCUGGUCCAUGUACCACUCUCGAGACCUUGUCCCAUACCUGUGGUCCAUAUAACAUCCUGCAGACCCUGCCCCAUUCCACGCAUCCUUUCCCUUGAGCCCUUGCACUCUAUGUGACCCCAGAACCACGUCCCAUUCCCCUGACCGACUCCGGUCCCUCCAUCCCGACGUCUCCCACCCCACUCCCACCGCGGGCGCGGCCUCACGGAGCUGCGGAGCCGGGGCUGGGCCAGGCGGGGGCCGGGCCAGGCGAGGCGGCGGCGGGGCCGGGGCCGGAGGAGGGGGAUCCCCGCCUCCCUGGGGCCGCGCUCGCAGCUUCGGAGCUGCCGGAAACCCGGCGCUGCCGCUCGGCCGGUGCUGCCGCUCCUCGGCGUGAAGUUGGUGCGGAGGCAGAGCACGGCCCGGCCCGGCAUGUCCCCCCGCCCGGCUGCGGGACGCCGGCGGCGGCGGAGCCCCUGAACGGGCGGCGAGGAGCAGCGGCCGGUCCUGACCAUGGAGCAAGAUACAAAGGAGGAGGUCUCGGAGAAACCAAAGCCUGCUCCCAGUGCAGAGAAAUUUGGCUGGAUAAAGAAAAGCAGUGGAGGCCUCCUGGGACUGUGGAAGGAUCGCUACGUCCAGCUGCGGAAAACACAGCUCGUGGUUUACGAGGAUGAGGAUGAACAGAAAUGCAUAGAAACAGUGGAACUGGAGAGUUAUGACAAGUGCCAGGAACUACGUGCACUACUAAAAAAGAAAAACCGUUUCAUUUUAAUCCGCUCCCCGGGUAAGAAGGUUCAUGAUAUCAAAUUUCAAGCUGCAACUUUGGAAGAAAAGGAAUCGUGGAUAAAAGCCCUGAAUGAGGGCAUCAAUAGAGGCAAAAACAAAAUAUUUGAUGAGGUGAAAGUAGAUGAGAGCCUUUCCUUGGACCAUGUAACUCGGGACAGAGUGAAAGUGGCCCAUGGUCGCAGGCCACCCACAAGAAGCCACCUCAAGGAGGCUGCCAAGUCUACAUCAGAUGGUAUCCUGCGACUAGAUCUGGAUAUAGUAGACAAUGGACCACCAAACUUUGACUCCACUGUCAAUGAAAAUGACAAUCCGCCACCUCAGAAAGAAACUCCAAAGCCACCUAUGCCACCCACAAAACCUUCUGGCACAAAAGAAAACCAUGAUGCAGAGAACAGUGUUCCUGAUCAGGAACAUAAAAUGUCUCCUCCGUUGCCUCCAAACAAGAAGCUUAAGGAAGGCUUAGCAUCAAAGGACACUGCAAAUGCCAGGGAAGAGGAUUGUGUAAGCAGAGAGGAGAAUGUGGAAGAAUCCAGUGCACCAGAUGAGGAGAACAGAGAUCAGCUUGUUGAGAUCAGCAACAAGGGCACAGCAAAAGCUCCAAUUCCUCUUCCUAAGAGCAUGCCAGAAAAACUAAAAGUUGCUUGGGACCAACCAGUCCUUGAGCCUAAAAAUGCAAAAGACUUGGAAUUAUCAGAAGAUAGUGGCAAAGACAGCCUUGCUGCAAUUGCUACCUCAGAUGUUGCAAAGCCUCCUCUUCCUCCUCCUAAGGUUCUAUCAGAAAAAAUGAUAGCCACUAUGAACUCCAGCCACAGUGAUCUGGAAGCUGGCGGUUUGGAAGAACUGAGGUCUGGCAGUUCCAAGUCCCCGGUGAAUGGCAUUGAAGCUGGUGAAGCAGCAGAGUCAGCAUCCCAAGCAGCUGAAACUGAAGAAGGAAAUGGGAGAACCUCAACUGAGACGGAACAGCAAACUUCAGCAGAACAGAGAGAGAGUUCCCUAGCUACAGAGUCAGGCCAUGAAAGCGUAAAAGGAACUAUUGAGAAAAAAAUAUCUGUAGAAACCCCUUCAGCUCUGAAACUUCGCAGUUCUUCUCUGGGAGACUUGUUGUCUGAUUCCAAAAGUACACAGAGAGCACUUCCACACCGAGGUCUUACUGAGGAUUCCCAUUACUGCUUAGCUAAAAUGGAGGAGAAAGUUGCUAAUGAACGGGAGAAGGCAGAAAAACUUCUGCAGAAGGUUUUACGGGAAGGGUUGGAGCAGGCCCAGGAGGGCAAUGGACCCCCGGUGGUGGCAGAGACAUUACUCAAUGAGGCUGUAGAACAACUUCGGCAAGCUACACAAGUCUUGCAAGAAAUUAAAAGCCUUGGAGAACUGAAAAAAGAAGCAACACAGAAACAGAAAGAAAAGCAAAAAGAUCUAGUGACUCUUUAUAGGAGAAGUGCUCCCUGACACACUCUUCAAAGAGACUUCUUUUUCAGAAUUCAAAGCUAAACUUUUGCCAUUUAUGAUUUGUACUAUUGCUAGGCCAGUGCUCAAAAGGUGGUGUUUUGCUGUGCAUGCACCAUGUUUAUGGAACAGAAUUGAGCUUUCAGUUAUAGCCUCUCUCUCUUUCUUCACGCUGUACAUACAUACCAGUCCAGCUCAGAUCCUUUUAGCACAGCAGAAAGUUACAAGACACUGAACAGUUUGAAAAUGUGAACAGUCUUUAUGGACUUGAUCCAAAGUCCUUUCGAAUGAAUGGAUCAGGCCUUAACAAUUUCUGAUAGUCAAACCAAGUUCAAUUUUUGAAAGAAGCAGAAUGGUUAUUCUAGCAAAUGCCCCUGUCUAUCUGUAUUUACAAGCAGAUACCAGAUUACACUGGCACAUAUCUAGUCUUCCCAUUUAAUUCAUUUAAAGAUAAAUGUAGUCAGAGAAAACUUUACUUUGUUUAUACAUUUGUUGGCAAGACUUCCUGGAGCACCUGGCUUGGUGACAUCUAGGAAUGUAAGGAUAAAUGGCUUCAACUUCUCUGAAGAUGCUCAUAAAACGACAUUCACAUUUAAAAAGUGACCUUACACAGAGGUGAGCAAAACUGGCCAGCUCCUGCCUACAAGAAGUGUCCUCAGAUCUAGCACAUCUGUACGAAGGCACUCUUCUGAGUCCAGCUGGGCAGAGCUGUAGGUGUGCUAAGCACUGUGUAAGUGAAUGCAAGUCUCAAUGCAUCACUGCCAGGCAAAUAUUAAUUGUUUCUGUUCCAUUAAUAUAGAAACUGAGGCAACGAUGCAAAGCAGGUUACCCUUGGCUUUUGAAGAAAUGUGUUGUAGCAUCACAACAUGUUUCUUUGUAAGGACCAUAUGCAUCCUAUAACUCUGAAUGCCAUUAGGGUUGGGAACAAUUAGCCAGAUGUUUGGAGAGCUUGUGCCCAGAAGAUGGCCUGGGGCAGCCUGUCCGUAAGAAGCUCAUAUUCUAAGGACAUGCGUUCCCUUAGCCAUUGGCUCUCUGCUGUGGGAUGUUAACUGACAGGAACAUGCACAUCAGGCAGCCAGUCUGGAUGGGAUCCCCCUUCCUAUUUAACAUGUUUCUACCUGCUGUGUUCUGGCCAGCCUGAGAGCCACAGUUUGGCACAAAUGUCUGGAAUAAUUGGAGUAUGGAGGGAAAGGCAUUUUGUGUGCGCAACUUUGGGGCUGGUCCCUGUGGCUUAAGUAUAUUAAAAUAAAAAUACAUUGCUGCAGAAGGGUCUGAAGAAGGCAUUGCAAAAGGCUCUGGCACAAUUCCCACAGCUUCCCGACCCACCUGCUGAAAGCAGCCCCAGUUCCCAGGGUCUCUAGUGAUUAACAUUGUGAUAAAAUCACGUCUGUGCUGCUACUGCAUAGCACUGUACCUGAGCUGGGUCCCCUCACCUAUUCUCUACAGUAUUUGCUCUCAGGGGAAUCAUAUGACACCAUGAAGGGCUUCUCCUUUGCUUAAGGCAGGCUCUGGAAGCACAGAAAAUGACAAUCUUCCCUGACUGGUUUUAAGGAGUGACAUGCUACUUUAGCUCUUUUCUCUCAUUUGUCAGCACUGCACUCCACUCCCCCAUUUCCACUUCUUCCAUUUUCUUUGUAUAAUUUCCCAGGUUCCGCAAAGCUGCAGUGGGCUGCAAACUCUUCCCUUUGCAGCAGCUCAGUAAAGCUUUGUAUUCAUCUCUUCUUAGCCUUGCCAAUGGGCUCAUGUGUCUCAGCAUAGAAAUAUCACCUUUGGUCUUCCAAAUGUCCCGUUUUUCGUUACCCAGAGCCUCUUUUGAUUAAAGCAGCCAUGGUGGUCUAUCCCCCUCUCUUGAGCUGUAGACAGUGCAUGGAAAAUCACUUGUCAUUCUCUCACAUGAGAGGUUCUACAUGGUCAAACACUCAGGGCUCAGGUGCCACAAAAGCUUUGCUGUGAGACAAAAAAAUUCCUAUGUCCUAAGCCCACUGCCAGGCACGCAGCCCGGAAUAAACUCUGGGUCUGUGUAAUUUGCUGCUGUAGACUGAAUGUGAACUGUGGGUUUUGCUUUCAAAUAUUCUUAGGACAAGGGCUAAUAAUACAGAAAAUAUUCAGUGCCUAUCUGCUAUCUAAAUGUAUUUUUCUGCAUGUGCACUUUUGUUUACCGAACACUGUGUGGUAUGAAUGUGAGCUGUCAGAACCCUGUGCGCACUGGAAGUCGAGGGACAUCAGCUUCAGAGAGCAGGCAGGCAUUUGAGGGAUGCAGUUUUGUAAUAAGUGAUAAAGUAGAUGCGGAAAAGAAGUUCACACUACCAAGAAGACACACAAACCACAGCAAUCUCUUGGUACAGGUUCAGAUCCCAAGGUUGAAACCAGUCGUAAACUCCAGGAUGGGCAAAUCAAAGCCUGGAACUGAAAGCCCAUGAGAAUGGAAAUUGCUUUCCAUUCCAACAGCUCCACCCCCCCAAUAUAUAUACAAAUGCUUUUGCUCUCACAGGUGUUUCUUGUGGCAGUGUGUUCUGUGGAUACCCAUCUGGCAAAGUACUGAUGAAGAUACUGAGACAUCCUUAACUGUUACAGCCAAACCUACAGGAUGUGCUUAUAUUUACUGUAUAUUUUUAUAUAAUACUGAAUAUUCUAAUGAAUAAAUGUCUGACAUUUUACUGAAUACCAA